UGGUCCGGCGGCUUCUGGGACCUGUCAUGUGUCCCAGGUACCGCCUUACCAUUCACAAAGAGCACCGCUUCUUGCGCAUGCACACUUGGCACCCGGCUGUCAAGCCGAGCGCCCACACUACAGAAGCCGGGAAGACAGCGCGGCUGGAUAGAGGAACAGGUAAGAUGACUGCUGACCUUUGGGGAGGUGGGGCCGGGUACCUGAAUUUGACAGGUACCCGCUCUUACUUCCGCAGAGUUUUUGUUUGAUCUUACCUGUUCCUCGAUCCAGCCACGCGCUGUCUUCCCGGCUUCUGUAAUGGCGCUCGGCAUGACAGCCG